UUUUGUUAUAAAUUCUGAUAAGUAGAAAAACAUCAGUGGCGGCGUGAAAAAAUGCACUUGUACUUUUGUUCUUUUAAUUUUAUUCAUUUAAUAAAUUGUAUAAUCACUAAAAUGAUAUGAUACUAAAAUUUACUUUAAUUUAUUGACAUUUCUUGAAGUAACUUCACAAUAAUAUUUAAACCCCGGAAGAAUGAGCAGACAUAAGCAAUAAAGUGUUGACGAUUAAAUUUAUAAUAGCGAUAUGACUGCUGAGAAACCAGAUAAAGAAUAUCUUAACCAACUCAAAAAUAAAACUUCUUGACAUUCUAUCAAAUGUUACAUAGCUGAUAAGAUUGUUUGGUUUGCUGAUAUAAAUAUUUUCAUAAUUCUCAACUCUUUAAUUGUUCAUCGAGUAUCAAUGUAAUGGUGAAUAGCAAAAUUGUUGAAUUGCGUUCAGUAUUGAAGAAAGUUUACAAACAGCAACAUGUUUGAGCGGAGUACAAGAAAACAGUAUGAAGCAACAUUAGCAGUGAAUAUUUUAUCAUUAUGUAUUGGAGCGUCAAUCUCUUGGACAUCACCAUACCUGAGCACUUUACAAAGCAAGAAUUCUCCUUUUGGUUCCCCAGUAACUUCUACAGAAGCAUCAUGGAUUGGAGGUCUUCUUGCAAUUGGUGCUUUGAUUGGUUCGUUCUUCUUUGGCUGGCUUUCAGAGAAACUUGGAAGAUUUUGGUCAUUGAUGUCAGUAGCUUUUCCACAAACUCUGUGGUGGCUGUCAGUAAUUUUUAGUCCAACAAUAAACUUUUUAUUUCUUGGACGAUUUCUUGCUGGUUUUUCAUCAGGCGGUUGCUUUGUACUUGUGCCUCUGUAUGUUUCAGAAAUCUCACAAGAUCAUGUUAGAGGAUCAUUAGGAUCGUUCUUCUUGCUUUCAACGAAUUUUGGCAUGCUAAUUAUUUAUCUAUGUGGACUUGUUUUUGACUACUACACGACACCAAAAGUCAUGCUUGGCAUGAUAUUUGCCUUUGUGAUACUUUUUUCAUUUUUUAAUGAAACGCCAAUUUAUUUGUUACGAAAAGGGAAAACCGAAGCAGCCGUGAAAUUUUUGAAUACAUUACGAGGAAUAAAUAAUCUUGAGACAAUCUCAGAUGAAGUGAAUAUUGAACUUGAAAAGAUGAUAAGCAAAGUACACAACGACGUGAUAAGCAGAAGCGAUUCAAUCAUGAACGAGUUUCGUUCUUCUCCAGCUGCAGGAAAAGGAAUUUUAAUCGGAGCUAUUUUAAUGACGGUCAAUCAAUUAAGUGGACUUUUUGCAUUUCUCAAUUACACCGCAGAUAUCUUCAUUGAAGCUGGUUCAUCAUUUACCCCAAACAUAAGUGCAGUAAUUGUUGGAAUGCUACUUAUGUUGGGAUCUUUAGUGUCACUUAAAUUAGUACACAACUAUUCAAGGAAAUCUCUUUACGUUGUCACCACAAUUGGAUAUGUUUUUGGAUUAUUGUUAAUGGGAAUUUACAGCUACUACAAGAUUAAUCAAGACGUGUCUGAUCUCAAAUUUAUUCCAGUAGCAAGUUUAUCGUUGAUUAUUUUCACAGCAUCUGUUGGACGUCUUCCGCUUUCAUACAUAAUGAUGGCUGAAAUUAUUCCACAAAAUGUUCGAAGUUUUGGCAUUUCAAUCUGCACAACAAUCAAUUGGAUUUGGGCAUUUAUUCUUUUAAGAUUCUUCUCGACAGCGGUAAACAUUUUAAGUUUUCAUAAUUGUAUGUUUAUUUGUGCCAGUUUUGCAAUAUUCGGAGUGUUUUUUGUCAUCGUUUAUGUUCCUGAAAGCAAAGACAAAAGUUAUCAGGAGAUCGAAGAUUCAUUAAAUGGGAGAAUAAAAUUAAGCGAGAAGCACGGUGAGGAUGUUAAAAUUGAAGAAGAGAUUGCUCGCCUGUGAUGACUACUAAAUUAAAUUAAUUUAUUUAUGUGAAUAUUCAAUAAAACAAUUUAUUUAAACCACAUUGAGA